AUGAACGGCGACUUUCAAGAUGGCGGCGGAGGGAGGAGGGAAGGAGACGAACGAGAUUAAAACGCAAUUCACAACCCGGGAAGGCGUCUACAAACUCCUAACGCACUCCGAGUACAGCCGCCCGAACCGGGUGCCCUUCAAUUCGCAGGGUUCCAACCCCGUCAGGGUCUCUUUCGUCAACGUCAACGAUCAGUCGGGCAACGGCGACAGGAUCUGCUUCAAUGUGGGCCGGGAGCUCUACUUUUAUAUCUACAAAGGUGUGAGAAAGGCUGCCGAUCUGAGCAAGCCUGUAGACAAGCGGAUAUACAAAGGCACGCAGCCCACGUGCCAUGACUUCAACCCUCUCACGGCCACCGCUGAGAGCGUCUCACUGCUGGUGGGCUUCUCGGCGGGCCAAGUGCAGCUUAUUGACCCAAUCAAAAAAGAGACUAGCAAGCUCUUCAAUGAAGAGAGGCUAAUCGACAAGUCGCGCGUGACCUGCGUGCGAUGGGUCCCGGGUUCUGAGAGCCUCUUCUUGGUGGCCCAUUCGAGUGGCGCCAUGUACCUCUACAAUGUGGAGAACACGUGCGGCACGGCGGCGCCCCACUACCAGCUCCUCAAGCAGGGUGACAACUACGCUGUGCACACCUGCAAGAGCAAGUCGGGGCGCAACCCGUUACUGCGGUGGACGGUGGGCGACGGGGCGCUCAAUGAGUUCGCCUUCUCCCCGGACGGUAAGUUCCUGGCGUGCGCCAGCCAGGACGGGUACCUGCGGGUGUUCGGCUUCGACGCUGCCGAACUGCACGGCACCAUGAAGAGCUACUUUGGCGGCUUGCUUUGCGUGUGCUGGAGCCCAGACGGGCGCUACAUCGUGGCGGGUGGGGAGGACGACCUGGUGACGGUGUGGUCGUUCUCGGACUGCAGGGUGAUCGCGCGGGGACACGGACACAAGUCGUGGGUGAGCGUGGUGGCCUUCGACCACUGCACCACCAGCGUGGAGGACGGCAUCGGCAGCGACCCCCCCGCCGAGUUUAGCGGCAGCGAUGAGGACUUUUAUGAGCAUAUUCACUUUAGCGCUGGAAGAGAUCGGGCCAACAGCGCCCACUCCCGACUUUCCAAGAGGAACUCUACCGACAGUCGGCCCGUAAGCGUGACGUACCGAUUUGGGUCCGUCGGCCAGGACACCCAGCUGUGUCUGUGGGACCUGACUGAGGACAUACUCUUCCCUCACCUCCCUUUGUCUCGCACCAGGACUCACACUAACGUCAUGAAUGCCUCAAGCCCCUUGGGCAGCGCAGCAAACACUAUUUUCACUUCUGGCACCAACGGCAAAGACAGUGCUAGCAAUAGCAGCACCGGCGGCAACACGCCAAACUCCCUCCCGGGGACGCUGCCUCGGUCCAACAGCUUACCGCAAUCCUCCAACCCAGCCGGCGGAGGCGGCAGCACACCUAACAGUCACACAGGCAGCAGCAGCAGCAGUAGUAGCACCGCUGCAGUACCCGCCAAGGGCGGCGGCAGUAUCAUCGACAACGCCCUGAUCGCCGCCGGCGUGGGCAAGUUCGCCACGCUAUCGCUGCACGAGGCACGCAAGGAACGGCCGGAAAAGGAGCACAAGCGCAUGCACAGCGCCGGCCACAUUGGCAGCAAGAGCGGCGACAAGCUCAGCCAGCUUGGCCCCUUGCGGCCGCCGGGGACCAUAGGUGACACGGCCAAGACGCUGGGCACGACGCUGUGUCCGCACAUGGAGGAGGUGCCGCUGCUGGAGCCGCUGGUGUGCAAGAAGAUCGCCCACGAGAGACUGACUGUGUUGAUCUUCCUGGAGGACUGUCUGGUCACAGCCUGUCAGGAGGGCUUCGUUUGCACGUGGGCCAGGCCCGGCAAAGUGGGACUGCUCUCAUCUCAAAACAACCCUGCCAGCUCCCCCAGCGGAACCGUUGUAUAGCGCCCCCUACAGCCGACCACAGUGGCAGUGCUGUUUGACAAAGGAGCUUUAAGGUUUGUUUUUGGGGUUUUUUCAAAGGAAGGGCUGACUGGUUCACUGUUCAUGUGAGGGUGGCUGCUGUCUUGCCUGCGUUCUUCUCUGAGUGUUCUUCCCAUUUCUUUACAUGAUGUAUCAGGCCUCGGAAAGGGAAAAAUAUUUUUCAAGUGGCUGCAUAUCCUCUGCGAAUGGAGGUCGUACUUCCUUAAAUUACUCAAAGUGUAUUUGCACAAAUUUGGCAGCCCAUGCUCCCUGGUGUGACUUUUUUUUUUUUUUUUUUUAAAUCUUAACAUGAGCAGGUUUUGGAAGCACUUGGCUUGUCGGCACCCUUUGUCUCCCAUGUCUGAUGCUGCAAUCAUAUUUUUAUUAUUUAGGAAAACAAUGUUUGCACUUAACAGUUUGUUGUUUCAAGGAGGGCGGAUGUACUUUUUUUUGGAGUGUUCAAUAGAAUUAAAAGCCUUUGUACUUAUUGGUUUAAUAUGGUUUUCCACGACACGGGCUAUGUAUUAUAUGUAAAUAUUGUAAUGCAAUGAUUUAUGGAGAUUAUUAAUAGUUUAAAAAGCCUUUCUUUUUUUCUUUAGAAAAAAAAUAGAACUAUUUCUAAUACAGAAAAUCUAAUAUUAAAAUGAAUCUUGAAUAUG